CCGGGCUGUCGCCGUUAUAAUUGACGGCGCUCGCGGCGAGGGCGCAGCUAGUUAAAGAGGCAUGCUCCCUUCUCGCUUCCUCCUCACCCCGCACUGCCCCACCGCGCCGGCCCCGACUCCGACUCCGACACACCCCGGCGGCGCGCGCUCACCGGGCUCGGUCGCGCUGCGGUUCGGAUCCCCCGGAGGCGUGCGGCUUCGGCGCGGGCGAGGGUCGGCGGCGGUCGCGAUGGCAUCCGACGGGCGCGUGGAGCGGAUCGCGUCCAGCAUCCGCGCCAUCCCCAACUUCCCCAAGCCAGGGAUUUUGUUUCAGGACAUCACAACCUUGCUUCUCGAUCCGCAGGCAUUCCGUGACACCACUGACCUCUUUGUCGAGCGGUACAAGGACAAAGACAUCACUGUAGUUGCUGGUGUUGAAGCCAGAGGAUUCAUUUUUGGUCCUCCCAUUGCAUUAGCCAUAGGUGCAAAGUUUGUUCCAAUAAGGAAGCCAAAAAAAUUACCUGGUGAGGUGAUAUCGGAAGAAUAUUCUCUGGAAUAUGGCACUGACAAAAUCGAAAUGCACGUAGGAGCUGUGCAGCCCAAUGACCGGGUCCUUAUUGUGGAUGAUCUAAUUGCCACAGGAGGAACCCUUUGUGCCGCUGCCAAACUUAUUGAACGUGUUGGAGCAAAGGUGGUUGAGUGUGCCUGUGUUAUUGAACUGCCAGAGUUGAAGGGCCGGGACAAGUUGGGGGACAUGCCUGUUUUUGUCCUUGUGCAGGCAGACGAAUCAGUAUGAAACAAGUUGUGACUCUUGAGUUGUUCCAAUGAUAUUUCCCUGCUGGAACUAUACUGGAAGCAGCAAAGAUAUCCGUUACAAUCUUAGCUAGUUCCUAUCUGGAGCUGCUCAAUAAAAUUCCAUCUUUAAAUUUGUCCUUCUGUAACUGUUUGGGAAUGCGGACUUGGUUGUUGUUCCCUGUAAUACGUGGCUUAUUUCUGUCAAAAACAGUGCAAAUUAUUCAUGUCAAUGAAGGAUGGUCUGUACUGAA